AUGCCGGCCGGGCUCCUGGGACGUCCCGUAGGUACCCCUUUCUUCUCCGAUCUCGGUGGGACCUCCAAUUGUCGGCACCAGCACCGACCUGCCAACCGAUGCCAGGCAGGCUGCCUCGGCUGGCACAGGCCCUGUGGAGCGAAGACCGUUGGCCGAAACAGCGCCAGCGUCGCGGGCAUGUGCGGUACCCUCUUCGUCGGGUACUGCAUCUACUUCGACCGCACAAGGUGGAGUGACUCCAACUUCAAGAGCAGGCUUCGAGAACGAAGAGAGAAACAGAAGCUUGCUAAGGAGAGAGCUGGGCUUUCCAAGUUACCUGAUUUAAAAGAUGCUGAGGCUGUUCAGAAAUUCUUCCUCAAAGAGUUACAGCUUGGUGGGGAGUUAUUAGCACAAAGUAACUACGAGAAGGGUGUGGACCACCUGACAGACGCAGCUGCUGUGCGUGGACGGCCUCAGCAGUUGCUGCAAGUGUUACAGCAGACGCUUCCACCACCAGUGUUCCAGAUGCUUCUGACCAAGCUUCCAACCAUUAGUCAGAGAAUUGUCAGUUCUCAGAGCACGGCUGAAGGUGAUGUGGAAUGA